CCCAGGGAGAGGGAGACAGAGGCAGCAGGAGCAGCCCUCAGCAGGGCCAGGGAGGAGGGCGCUUUGAAGACUCAUAAGGAUAAGAAUAGGAGACUACUUUCUAUGAAAGGGGCUAAACAGCAGUGGAGAGGAGACAGACCCUGCGAAGGAAAGAAACCAUUGGCACCGAGGAGAAGGUCAACGGAAGAGAGAUCUAGGAACAAACUCGGAAGGAGGAAUUGGGAAGGAGGCAGGGGAAGGAGCACGCCCUUGGAACGGGGAAAGAGGCUGGGAAGUGGCUUGUUGUUCUUUUUAAGAUAAUAAUAAUAAUAAUAAUAAUAAGACUUUUUCAUUAAAUAUAUUCGAACCACGUUGGAAGCAUGCAAAGAAAAGAAUAGAACAAACAUUAAAGGAAGGAAGGAAGGAAGGAAGUUUUACUUUUGGAUGAAGGGAAAGGAGGGCUUGUUUAAGUGUGCUUUCUGCCUUUUCAGGGGAAAUGGGCUGGGAGCUGCCUGUUUUUUUAAUACAAACAUUAAUAAGAGUUUUUAUUAAAUACAUUUGAACCACAUUGGAAACAUGCAAAUGAAACAGGAAAGAAAAAGGAAAGAAUAAACGCCAAGGAAGGAAGGGAGAGGAUUUACUUUGGGAAGAAGGGAAAGGAGCACAUUGGUUUCACAGUGUUUUCUCUCUUUCCUGAGGAGACACUUCCAGAAGAACAGUCCAAGAGGGAGAGUGACUCUUGUGGGUUGUGUGUGUGUGUGUGUGUGUGAACCACUUUGGGGAUACAAUAUUGGGUUGUAUUUCCUUACCUCAGAGUAAGGAAAGGGUGCAGGGGAGGCUCCAGUGGAUCCUGGGCUUCCCCAUCAGCCCCAUAAAGGCCGAAACGUUGUGAAAAUGGGGGUCAUCUUGGGAUAGCUGUACAUUCUUAAGCCUCAGUGAGCCCUAAGGAUGGCAGAAGCUAAUCAUGUCAAUUCAGAGUUUGACUUGGUAGAACAACAUGACGGCAAACAAAACCAUCAUCCUAGGAUCUCCUUGGAACGUAUAGAAAAAAGGACAGAUAUCAAGGCAUGGGUGGUGAAGAAAGUGAAGAAAAAAUGCAGCUGCACCACAGCUAAAGCCAAAGAUUUGAUCUUUAGUUUUCUCCCAGUGCUGAAGUGGCUUCCCAAGUACAAUGUGAAGGAAAACAUCUUGGGAGAUCUGAUGUCUGGUUUGAUUGUGGGAAUCUUAUUGGUUCCACAAUCCAUUGCCUAUUCCCUUUUAGCUGGCCAAGAACCCAUCUAUGGUCUGUACACAUCAUUUUUUGCAAGCAUCAUUUAUUUCCUCUUUGGAACCUCGCGUCACAUCUCUGUUGGCAUUUUUGGUGUACUCUGCUUGAUGAUAGGAGAAGUGGUAGACCGUGAAGUACAGAGAGCUGGCUAUGAUUCAGACACACAUGCUUACAUUAAUAACAACAGCACAUUGGGGCCUCUGACUAUGAACCAAACAUCACAAACUUUUUGUGACAAAAGUUGCUAUGCAAUUACUGUUGGAACCACUGUGACUUUUAUCGCUGGGAUUUACCAGGUCGCCAUGGGCUUUUUCCAAGUGGGCUUUAUCUCUGUAUACCUCUCUGAUUCCUUGCUCAGCGGAUUUGUUACAGGUGCCUCCUUCACUAUCCUUACUUCACAAGCUAAAUACCUGCUGGGUCUAGAUAUUCCUCGGAGCAAUGGCGUUGGUUCCUUUAUAACCACAUGGAUAAACAUAUUCAAAAACAUCCACAAAACCAACUUCUGUGACCUGAUCACCAGUUCCCUGUGUUUUCUUGUUCUUAUCCCAACUAAAGAGUUGAAUGAGCGGUACAAAUCCAAACUAAAGGCUCCCAUGCCCACUGAGCUGUUGGUAGUUAUAGUAGCUACACUGGUAUCUCAUUUUGGAAAGUUGAAAGAGAAGUAUGGCUCCAGUGUUUCUGGGCACAUCCCAACAGGGUUUCUGCCGCCACAACCACCAGACUGGAGUCUCAUCCCCAGCAUAGCUUUGGAUGCAGUGGCCAUAGCCAUUAUUGGCUUUGCUAUAACUGUGUCUCUUUCUGAGAUGUUUGCCAAGAAGCAUGGCUACACAGUUAAACCCAACCAGGAAAUGUAUGCCAUUGGCUUCUGCAACAUCAUUCCUUCGUUUUUUCACUGCAUCACAACUAGUGCAGCCCUUGCCAAAACCCUUGUCAAAGAGUCAACUGGCUGCAAGACUCAGAUAUCUGGUGUGGUGACUGCCUUGGUAAUCUUGUUAGUCCUACUUGUGAUUGCUCCUCUCUUCUAUUCCCUUCAGAAAUGUGUGCUAGGGGUCAUAACCAUUGUCAAUCUCAGAGGAGCCUUGCGGAAGUUGGGUGAUCUACCUAAAAUGUGGAGAUUAAGCAAAGUGGACACAGUGAUCUGGACUGUCACUAUGUUGUCUUCAGCACUGAUAAGUACUGAACUUGGCCUUCUGAUUGGGGUCUGCUUUUCACUGGUGUGUGUUGUUCUGCGGACUCAGAAACCAGAAGGACAUUUACUGGGCUGGGUGCCAGAUUCUGAAAUCUAUGAACCCCUUCCUGUCUAUAAGGACCUUCAGACUAAGCCUGGCAUCCAAGUUUUCCGGUUUGAAGCGCCCAUUUAUUAUGCCAAUAAAGAGAGCUUCAAGUCCAUGCUAUACAAACAGACUGGAAUAAAUCCUGUGUUGGAGCUGGCAGCAAAGAAGAAAAUAGAGAAGCAAAAGUUUAGUGGAAAACCAGCCAAUGCCAAUGGAAACCAGGUAGAGACUUCAGUGCAGCUUGUCAGUCAGCAGUUUGAGUUCCAUACCAUAGUGAUUGACUGCUGUGCAGUGCAGUUCUUAGAUACGGCAGGGAUCCACACACUGAAAGAAAUUCACAAGGAUUAUGAGGAAAUUGGCAUCCAGGUACUGCUGGCUCAGUGCAAUCCCUCUGUCAGGGAUUCCCUUCAUCAAGGGGAGUAUGUCAAAAAAGAGGACACAAAAUUCCUCUUUCAUAGUGUGCACCAGGCUGUGGAAUAUGCACUGUGUGCUUCUAAGCAGAAUGGGUGCUGUGCUUCCGAAGGUCAGUGUAGAGGAAAAAAUCAGAGUGUAGCAAAAUGCAGGCAAUAGCAAACCUAUGAGUAUUGGUCAUUUGCUCAGAUGGUUGUAAAGGGCUAUUCGUGUUAUUCAUAUACUGUUGAUCAUACAAGAUCAUCAACAAAGGUGUUUUGAUGCUUUAAUUUUGCUCUGCUUGGAAGGGCAUUAACAAACAAGUAAUAAGUAAUUGUGGAUUGUUAUGUCCACAGUUCAUUUUGGACACAGCAGAGCCAAUACUCUCAAAACUACAUGUGCCUUGUACCUCUUGUGCUCUUUUUUAUGUGUUCAUGUCCAAGUUGUUCUCCUCACAGUGAUGGUCCCCUAUGCAGAAAGUGUUAUCCUUUUUAGAUGGGCCUUCACUUUGAAACAAAAAUAAAUGGUUUGGAUCCUAACAUUAGUGAUCCAGGGCAGGUUAAUAGAAAGAAGGUUUUAUGCCACCUGUCCUUCCCUGAAUACCCUGCACAGUAGGAUGAGUAGAAGAUCCUGGGUGCAGGAUGGGAGUAGCUGUGAAGGAAAGGAUCACCUUGGAUUUGUUGGAGGGCCACUAACAUGGAAAUUUCCCCAAAUAUCCCAUCCCAUAUUGCUGAGGAAGGCCCAAGACUCUCUGGAGAGUUUUUUUUUUUUUUUGGUUGAGCCCCCCCGCUCCCCCCAAAAAGGUGGCAUCAAGAAGCUGGGAAACUCCCCACCCCCAAACUUCCUUCCAUUCCCUUACUUCAGGAUCUUUUAUCAUGCUGGUGGAUUUAAGUAAUCAUUCUCCACAAUUUAGGGCAAAUCAGCUUGCCUUCUGACUUUUCACACUCCUUUGAUAUUUCUGAGAGAGUCUUGAGAACAGACAUGAAGUUGAGUUCUGAGCUCCUACUAAAACCAUACUGAGAUCUUUCUGCUCGUGUGGUGAAGCCAAUUAUAAGUGCCUUUACUAGAAGUUCAAAUAAGGAAAGAACAGGUUGUUAGCUGUUUCAUAAGUUAGAGUUUUAGUUGUAUUAUCUUUUAUGAAACAAGCUGGAUACUUAAUUAACUUAAGACAUUUUUUCUGGAAGCCAAAACACCUACCAUUCUUUUCAGAAAAUUAAUUGCUGCAGGUUACUCAGAACUUGUAAAUCACACCCUUCCCUGCCUCCAAAAGUUCUCCUUUGUGAGCCAAGUAAUGUUGCAUAAGGAAUCUGUUGAAGAAGUAAUUGUACAGGUAUAUUAUUUCAUUACAUUUUUUAAAACUGGGCAUGUCCCAAAGUCUUUGUUGGGAAAUUUAAUUCAUUACAUUGUUUUGAAGUGCCCCAUACGUCAGGUAUGCAAACUGAGAAUGCAAUAAAAAUCUUGUAGAGUCACUUUAAACCAAACAUUUCUUUCUCUUAUCUUUUGGUGGUGCAGGAUUUACUUAAAUGCAGGAUUAGGCAUUCGUAUAUUCAGUGGCAAAGAGGGUUUUUAAACAUUUGUUUCUGGAAAAAACAAUUAUUUGCAUAAUAUUUCUGAUUAGGAACUUUACCUGAGAACAUUAUGUAACAUAGUAUAAUGGAUGACAGAAGAGAGGAAGCUGUGUGAUCCUACUGGCAUGCUUAUUGGCAUGCCUAACAUUUUAAAAAAGGGACUAUGACAAGUUCAUUUUGAUAUGAGCUUGCGGGGUGGGUGGGGGAGUAAGAAAUGUUAAAAUGCCUUUUUAAGUACUGAGUGAACUGCCAAGUGGGGUUGUUUUCUGCAUUGCAGGAAGAGCUUGGAAAUGUUAUAUUUUGGACUACAAUUCCUAGAAUCUUCCAGAUGGCAUGGCAACUAAGGUUCUGGGAGCUGUAGUUCUAAAAAAAGUAAAACUUCUAGAUUCUGUCAGACUUUGUGUAGCACAGAAAUUUAAAAAUGGAAAGAAGGACCAAGUAUUUGUACAUUGUGGAACUAGAUUCCACAGAAUAUAUGCCAAAAAGAACCAAUCAACAAUUUCAUCUGUAAGCUUAAAACAUUUGAUCAGUGAGAGAUAAACAUUUUUUUUUACUUUUGAGAGAUCAUAGAGGAAUUUCACAAAGGGACUGAUGUCAGAGGGGCUGAUCCCUUCCCAAUCAGACUAACCUGCAUAUCAUCCAGCUUCUUGUUUCCGUCUUGCUUUUAGGAAGUCCAUCAACAUGGUAGGAAGGUCCUCUUUCACUCUUCCCCCCAUGUCCAGCAAGUGAAUAUUCAGUGCUAUAUAUAGAGAGUGCCUUUGAACCUGGAGCCACCGUAUAGCCAUGGUGGCAGAAUUUUGCAGAGUUUUUUUUUUUUGGGGGGGGGGGGGGAAUAUAAUGGCCCUGCUGGUUGGGGCAUUCUUGGAGUGGUACUCCAAAAAACUGAAGAGCUCUUCCAUCAUGAAUAGUAGCUGUAGCUGUCUGUGCCUUUCCUCCAUGAUGGUCUAAUUCUUUGAGAAAGCUAGUAGCCUUCACCAUAUCUUGUGCUUGGGAAGUAUAGACUUUAUUUAAGCAUUGUGUACAAAUUAAAAGCUUUUAGACUGUUUUGAAACUUGAAACACUCAAUUUCAUGGGGUGAUCCUGAAUUUCAGUAGUCUGUUUUGAAGAAGGCCAGCUUCUCUUGUCCAUUUGCACCUGUCGCAGACAACCCUUCAAUUUGGAGAUAAAGUGUGCCUUAGGUGUGUGCUUUUGGUAGCAGCUCAGUUUAAGUCACAGGUAGACAAAGUAUAGCUUGUAGGCUUUGUGCUCCCCCUGGGGGUCAUUUUGUCCUUCAGAAUGCCCUCUUGGGGUGCGAGAGGCAUUUCUACUAUGUUUGGUAGUCACCUAGACACCCUAGGGAUCAAACAAACAUUUUGGGGAAAAAAAUAAAGAAAUAUUUGCCCCCAAAUGCCCUGUGUUCCCUCCCACCACAUUUUGCCCCCACCAAGGCAAUUUAGCCCCAGGAGAAGCCUUUUAUGAAGCAGGAAAUGACUUGCACUCACUACCUGCUUUUUUAAAAGGCCUAUUCUGGGGCUAAAAUACCUGAGGAAGAGCCAAAAACAUGGUGAAUAUGUUCCUCGUGUUCUCUAGAGGGGCAACAAGCACACAAGUAAAUUUGAGUGAAAUGUUGUGCAGCCCCUCGUGCUCUUCUGAGGGGCUAAUGCAUCCUCCUACAAAUUCCACAGUUGGCCACACCUGGUUUAAGCGAAUAUGAAUUGUUCAGCUCAUUUUAUUUGCGGAGAUAUAAUCAAAGUUAUCCCAAGUAGUAGUGUAGUUUUGUAUUGCUUUCUUUGUUUUUUAUAUAGCCCUUUUGAAACUCUGAAAUAGAAAGUCACAACUGUGCUGCAGUACUUUCCACAGCCUCCCAACUUAUACAAUUUGGACAGGAGCCUUGUCUUCCAGGUAGGCUUGUCAUCUUCUUCUACAGAAGAGUUUUGCCCUAAUGGCUAUAUUGUUUCUAGAAAUUGUUGCAGACAAUCCAGCCUUUUUUGGACACAGGCACCAAUCAAUGUUGUGUGUUUAGAAAUGUGUAAGACUGUGUGUACUCCUUGCAGCAGUACUAAAGUGUCUUCCAAAAUGUAGGGUAGGAAGUCUCCUUAAGGUGAUAGAUACUACAUCUGUUUCUCAUUAAAGAGCUCUGCAAGCUCACAUGCUAGAUUUAAGAGUGGAAAUGUUCAGCUGAAAAAAAUAAUGAGAAGAGUAAAUAAACUUAAGAUAAUAGUAAUGGAAGUAUUUUCUUUAUUAUUAUGAUUAUUCCCAUUUUAUGGUUAAGUUCUGAUUUAUUCUAGCUAAAUUUCUAAUUGAAAGAGCAUCAUUUUUGUUGUUUUUCUGUGCCUUGAAGUGGUUUCUGAUUUAUGAUGACCCCAAGGCAACUUUAGAAUGAGGUUUUCUGGGGCUGAGAGAAUAUGACUCACCCAAGGUCACCUAAUGGGUUUUCAUUGGUUGAAUGGGGAAUCAAACUCUAAUCUCCAGAGUCUUUGUCCAACACUCAAACCAUUAUACCAUGCUGGGAGGAUAAAUAGAACUAGAAAAGUGAAAUUCUUACAUGGGUUUUCACUCACCAUCUGAUCAGCAGCAUUUCUCCAUUCAAACUGCUUUGCCAUCUAUGCACCGUGGUUGGUUCUCUAUGGUCUGUUUCUUCUCUAUUAUUAAGACCUGGCAAAAAGGUAAAAGGUGGGGAUGUCAGUGAUUCAGCAUUCAAAAGUCAGUUUUGGGCAUCAAGUUAACAUAACUGGAGCUGUCUGGGGUUGUUCCUAUCUUUGGCUUCAGACUGCCUGGCAAUGUUGCUGAUGUGGAAAUUCUCCUUUAUUUGUCUACAGAGCCAGAUUUUGUGGGUGAAAAUGUACAGUCUGCUCAACAAUAUGCAGCUUAUCAUCAAGUAGAAGACCUAUUAAGUUGAAACAAAACAGGUUUCUGUUGCUGAGAAUUUCACCUUUUAGUACCCCAAAGCCCUAUAAUAGCCUUUGUCAGCUGGUGUGAGAGAAGUUUUAAAUUUUUGGAGCUCCUCUGUUAUGCUAACAGCAGGGAAUUAAUCUCCACAGAAUUUCAGUUACAAAUUUAAUGUGCAUCUUAAUUUGUCUUUUCUUCCCCUCUUACAGCUGCUGUUUAUAGCAGUUUUUCUUGCUCCUCAUGUAUCUACUCCACUAUAAAUUCUGGCAUUUAAUAACUUGACAGAUUUUUCUUCUUAAACAACACAUGUAAUUUCAAUAAAUUACACAGUGGUAGUUUUAAUCUGCAAUUUCCAAAUUUUAAGCCAUAAACAUUGGUUAUUGUGCUUGUCUUACUUGCUGGAACAUUUUCUGUCUUCAAUCAUAUCACCACAUUACAGGGUGUGUCUUAAGCCAUUUUGGUGUUUGCUCUUUGGCAAAAAUGCCAAAGGGUAUCAUAAAGCCAAAAAGGCAUGGCAUGUAGUUUACAGUAAACUGAACCAUUAUUUCUGCCUGUCCAUCCAAUCUAUUUUUACUGUAUCUUGAUUGUGGAACAAUUCAAAGCACUUUUAAAAGACCAUCCUCCUCCUCCCCGCUCUCUCUGUGUAUGUUCCUUUAAGUUGCCUGUCGAUUUAUGGUGACCCCAUCAAUUCCCUAGCGUUUUCUUAGACAAGAAAAACUCAGAGGUGGUUUUGCCAGUUCCUUCCUCUGAAUUAUAACCUAUUACAACACCAGUGUUCAUUGGUGCUCGCCCAUCCAAGUACUAACCAGGUGUGAUCUUGCUUAGCUUCCAAGAUCAUACAGGAUCUGGUACCUUUAGUGUAUUUAAGCAGUAACUACAUCAUAAGGCUAGAUGAAUUCAGAUAUGGAAAACAUUUUUCUGGUGGGUAAGAUUUAAGAACAACAUUUCCCUGUUGGUUUGGAUAUAGUUAAUUUCUUGAAAUGCUGAUAGAGUGAUACAGGUUGAGUCUCUCUUGUCCAGAAUCCCCAAAUCCAAAAUAUUUCAGAAUCCAAAAUUGUCCACAUGGGUGGCUGCCAUGACACUUUUGCUUUCUGAUGGUUCGGUGUACAUAAACGUUGUUUCAUGCACAACAUUAUUAAAAUAUUGUGUAUAAAAUUACCUUCAGACUAUGUUUAUAAUGUAUUUCCGAAGCAUAAAUCAAUUUAAUGUUAGACUUGGGUCCCAUGUCCAAGAUAUCUUAUGGAUAUGUAAAAUUUCCAAAGUCCAAAAAACUCUGAAAUUUUAAACACUUCUAGUCUCAAACAUUUUGGAUAAGGGAGACUCAACCUGUAUCUUCAUUGUUGGGGAGCCCUGACAGUUUGAUCAUGUACACAACAAUUGCAAAGUGAAUAUCAAUUACAGCCUUUCCUUCUGAUCUGUCUACUUUCCAUAAAUGUUCCCCUCCAUUGAUCCUUUCCAGAAGUACCAUCUCUCUGCACAUAUGGUCACCAUGAAAGGGAAUUAUAUUUUCCAGCAACUGAAAACGUCUUGCCUUCUUUACAUCCUAUACAAAAGAGGCAUGUUAUCGACUUUUGUGUAUAUAAAUAGCAAUCAGAAAGACCAAAGCUGGGGGUGUUGUGCAUGUAUCUCUCUCUUAUUUUGUUGGACACAUUCCUUAAUUCACUUACAUACUGUUGCUGUUUGGCAAAAUGGCUGCCACAGGCAUCCGGGGAUUGUGGGGCAUCUGGGUCCCCCUUUCCCUUGUUAAUUAAAUGCAGUAUCAAAGUUGUACUGUUUGUACAGUUCUUGGCUAAAGUACCUAAAGAAUAUCAGGUUGAAACAACUUGUGCAAUGUUUAAAAACAAAGUGCUGUAACUGCUUGAUCAAAUAGUUUGGUGAAAUAGCUGUAUUUUUAAAUGUCUGUAUUUUCCCCAAACUGUAAAGAUUGCCUGAGAUGCAAAAAAGGAACCUGACUGUAAAUAAAUGUCAUACCGCCUCCUGUAUAGUUACCCUCCAGAUGUUAAAAUGUAGUACUAGCAUCUCCCAAAUGUGACAAACCGAAUUUUAUAUGAAAUUUCAUAAGAUUGCUUUAUAUUUACUAUUAAAAUAUUUUUGAAACAUUA